AGAUGCAUACCGGAAUUCGGAAAUGCAGCCUUCAACUUGUUCAUGGAGGCGACGAACACGUGCGGCGACGAGGGAGAAAUCGAGUACUGCAUUCAGACCGGAGUCUCCUCGCAAAAAUCGUGCGAGCUCUGCUACCCGGACGAGCACAGCGCCCGUUUCCUUACCGAUUUUCACAGCCAGGAUGAGCCGACCUGGUGGCAAUCCGAAACCAUGCUGGAAGGCAUACAAUAUCCCUCCCAGGUCAAUCUAACCUUAAAUUUAGGUAAAGCCUUUGACAUAACGUACGUCCGAUUAGUUUUCUACUCCCCGCGGCCUGAAAGUUUUUCGAUAUACAAAAGGACAUGUGAAGACUGCCCCUGGGUUCCUUACCAAUUCUACAGCGCGUCGUGCAGAGACACCUAUGGAUUGCCGGAAACCACCGCGGCACCUAAAGGCGAAGACACACGGGCGUUAUGCACGUCGGAAUAUUCGGAUAUAUCACCACUACGAGAAGGAAAUAUCGCAUUUUCCACGUUGGAAGGUCGACCUUCGAGAUACGCAUUUGAUACCAAUCCCGAAUUGCAGGAAUGGGUUACGGCAACGGACAUUAAAGUCAUCCUGAACCGCCUCAACACCUUCGGCGACGAAGUUUUCGGAGAUCCCCAAGUAAUGCGCUCCUAUUUCUACGCCGUCGCCGACAUCGCCGUCGGCGCGAGAUGCAAAUGCAACGGUCACGCGUCCGACUGCAUAACAUCAACUGGCGUGGAUGGUUCACGACGGCGUGUCUGCAAAUGCGAGCACAAUACCGCCGGACCAGACUGUAACGAAUGCCUCCCCUUCUAUAACGACGCGCCUUGGGGAAGAGGUUCCGACAGGAACGUUCACGAAUGCAAAC